AUGAUUGAUACUGGGAAAGCAUUCUGUACAGCCAACAAGCAGUUCAUGAAUGGAAUUCGAGACCUUGCACAAUAUUCCUGUAAAGAUGCAUUGGUUGAGACCAGCUUGACAAAGUUUUCUGACACCUUACAGGAAAUGAUCAAUUAUCACAAUAUCCUGUUUGACCAAACCCAAAGAUCAAUUAAAGCACAGCUUCAGACUUUCGUUAAAGAAGAUAUUAGGAAAUUUAAGGAUGCAAAGAAACAGUUUGAAAAAGUUAGUGAAGAAAAAGAGAAUGCUCUAGUAAAAAAUGCCCAAGUUCAAAGAAAUAAGCAACACGAAGUAGAGGAAGCAACCAAUAUUUUGACUGCAACACGGAAAUGUUUUCGACACAUAGCUCUGGAUUAUGUUCUUCAGAUCAAUGUUCUUCAAUCUAAAAGGAGAGCAGAAAUCUUAAAAUCGAUGUUAUCGUUUAUGUAUGCCCAUCUGGCUUUUUUCCAUCAAGGCUAUGACCUUUUUAGUGAACUUGAGCCCUACAUGAAAGAUCUUGGUGCACAGCUGGAUCAGUUGGCUGUAGAUGCUGCAAAGGAGAAGAGAGAUAUGGAGCAAAAGCACUCCACUAUUCAACAAAAGGAUUAUUCCAGUGAUGAUACGAAACUAGAAUACAACGUAGAUGCAGCCAAUGGUAUUGUUAUGGAAGGUUAUCUAUUUAAGCGAGCCAGCAAUGCCUUCAAGACUUGGAACAGGAAAAAGCCAGAUCACAUCAGGCGCUGGUUCUCAAUACAAAAUAACCAACUGGUGUACCAGAAGAAAUUUAAGGAUAAUCCCACGGUAGUCGUUGAAGACUUGCGGCUUUGCACAGUUAAACACUGUGAGGACAUAGAAAGACGUUUCUGUUUUGAGGUGGUUUCUCCUACAAAAAGCUGCAUGCUUCAGGCUGACUCGGAAAAGCUGCGACAGGCAUGGAUUAAGGCUGUUCAGACCAGUAUUGCUACAGCAUAUAGAGAGAAAGGGGAUGAAUCUGAGAAACAGGAAAAGAAAUCAUCUCCUUCUACUGGAAGCCUAGAAUCUGGCAGUGAGACAAAAGAGAAGUUGUUAAAAGGGGAAAGCGCUCUACAGCGAGUUCAGUGUAUUGCUGGUAAUGCCGCCUGCUGUGAUUGUGGUUUGGCAGAUCCUCGCUGGGCCAGUAUCAACCUAGGAAUCACGCUGUGCAUUGAGUGCUCUGGGAUACACAGGAGCUUGGGAGUCCACUUUUCAAAAGUAAGAUCUUUAACGCUGGAUUCGUGGGAACCUGAACUUCUAAAGCUUAUGUGUGAAUUGGGAAAUGAUGUUAUAAAUAGAAUAUAUGAAGCGAAGUUGGAAAAAGUGGGAGUAAAGAAGCCACAACCUGGAAGCCAAAGGCAGGAGAAGGAGGCAUACAUCAGAGCAAAGUAUGUGGAAAGAAAGUUUGUAGAGAAACAGUCUGCAUCAGUAUCUCUGCUUGAAUCUGGAACAAAAGUUUUGCCUCAAAGUCAGGAAGAGAAAAGGCACAGUGGCCCUGAAAAAUCCCUUUUGGCAGGGGAACAAGUGCAAAGCAGUGACAGUGGGAUCCAGCAGAGUGCUGAUGACAGCAGAGAACAUCUUGCCUCUACUAUAUCAGCUAACAGUUUGUAUGAACCAGAAGGAGACAAGCAAGAGUCCUCUGUGUUCUGUGACUCCAAACAGCCUAGUCCAGGAUUGCAGCUGUAUCGAGCUGCCUUUGAGAAGAAUCUUCCUGAUAUGGCAGAAGCAUUGGCCCAUGGAGCUGAAGUAAACUGGGUCAACGUAGGAGAAAACAAAGCAACACCACUCAUUCAGGCAGUGAGAGGGGGUUCAUUGGUUACUUGUGAAUUCUUGCUGCAGAAUGGGGCGAAUGUGAACAUCAGGGACAUGAAAGGAAGAGGGCCGCUGCACCAUGCCACAGUUCUAGGACACACUGGGCAAGUGUGUUUAUUCCUAAAACGAGGAGCAAACCAACAUGCCACUGAUGAAGAUGGGAAAGAUCCAUUGAGUAUAGCAGUAGAAGCUGCAAAUGCAGAUAUUGUAACACUGUUGCGUUUAGCAAGGAUGAAUGAAGAAAUGCGUGAAUCGGAAGGACUCUAUGGACAGCCAGGAGAUGAAAUUUAUCAGGACAUUUUUCGUGACUUUUCUCAAAUGGCGUCAAAUAAUCCAGAGAAGCUAAAUCGUUUCCAGCAGUCAGAUUCCCAGAAGUCUUAAGUGUCAAGAAGGAAAAGAACCUGAUCCUUAUAGUGCAAGUCUUUUUUUACUUUAACAGAAUGAAUUAUAUAUGCAUUUUGUUAGUUUGGAUGAAAUGACCACUCUAAUGUAGCUUUAGAUUGUGGUAGCUGGGGAAAUGUAUGAGUUGUUUUAUGUUCUACAGUACGUAUACCUCAGCAGUUGAAGAAAAUGUUCGGGUUUUUUUUUUUUAAAAAAAAAAAAGGAAUGCCUGCUAGCUCAGUAUAAAAAUAGUACCUGUUAGCAAGUACGAAGUUUGUCUGCAGUUUGUACAUAAAGUUAGCAGUGCGUAGCUGUGUGCAUUGCAGACU